AUGGCUUCAAGAUCUGCUUUUGGGAUUCUUAUAGUUUUCAUCUUCCUCUGGACUGCUGCUGAUGCUUCUGCAUUUUUGCCACCUAAAAUCUUCAAUGUUCUGAACUAUGGUGCAAGAGCUGAUGGAAACACAGAUAACAGUCAGGCAUUCCUGAGAGCAUGGAUUGAUGCUUGUAGAUGGAAAGGAAGGAGCAGAGUUUUGAUUCCAGGGGGAAUCUACUUGCUGCAUUCAGUAACAUUGUUGGGACCAUGUCUUGGAGAAAUGACAUUUAUGAUUAGAGGGACUCUUAGGGCUCCUAAUAAUCCUGCAUUGUUCUUCACAGACACUUGGAUUGGAUUUCGUUAUGUUGAUAAUUUGAGUGUGAAAGGGGGUGGAUAUUUGGAUGGUCAAGGUGCUUCUGCUUGGCCUUACAAUGAUUGCUUCAAGAACUCUCAAUGCUUGUCCCUCCCUAUUAGUUUGAGGUUCGACUUCAUCAGGAAUUCCAAGAUUCAGUACAUAAGGUCAAUCAACAGCAAAAAGGCCCAUAUCAACCUUUUUGCAUGCGACAACAUAAACAUCAGCUAUGUCAGGCUGACUGCACCAGAGAAUGCUCCAAACACAGAUGGAAUCCACAUUGGGGCCUCAACCAAUAUCAAAAUAUCAAGAGUGAACAUAGGAACAGGCGAUGAUUGCAUAUCCAUGGUCUCAGGCAGCCAGAACAUUGACAUUUCUGAAGUUAAUUGUGGCCCUGGUCAUGGCAUCAGCAUUGGAAGCCUUGGCAGAGGGUUUGAGAAUGAAUAUGUUAUGGGCAUAAGUGUAAGGAAUGCCACUUUCAGUAAUACUCAAAAUGGUGUGAGGAUCAAGACCUGGUCGCCUUCUUUGUCUAGUUUGGCUGCAAAUAUUAGUUUCCACAACAUCAUAAUGCAAGAUGUUAACAACCCCGUCAUUAUUGAUCAGAAGUACUGCCCAUCUUGCCCGCCAUCGGGUGAUGAAUCAGUCUCAAAAGUUCAAAUCAGAGAUGUGAAAUUCAGCAACAUUUGGGGCACAUCCAGUUCUCAGGUUGCAUUAUCUUUGCAAUGUAGCAAAUUGGUGCCAUGCCAAGACGUGAAGCUCGUGGAUAUUGACUUAGCUUACAGAGGCCAAGGAGGACCUGCAAUUGCAUCUUGCUCUAAUGUUAUUGGCACUUCCUAUGGCAGACAGGUCCCUCGAGGUUGCCUAUAG